AUUUCAAAAGAUACACCAGAAUGUCGGGAAAAUUAUUUUACUUUUCCGCUCUGAUCGUAAUCAUUUGUUUGGCGAAUAUAAAGAAUGUUUUAGGCGGUGCAACUGAAGAACAAAUGUGGGCAUCGGCUGACUUAAUGAAAGACGUAUGUCUCAAAAAGCAUCCAAAGAUCACUAAGGAAAUAGCUGCAAAUAUAAGAAAUGGUAUUAUACCCGAUGAUACAGACACCAAAUGCUAUAUUAACUGUAUUAUGGAAAUGAUGCAAACGAUUAAAAAAGGCAAAUUUCUAUACGACGGCGCACUUAAACAGGUUGAUAUUCUCUUGCCUGAAGAUUAUAAGGAUGAGUACCGUACCGGUAUAACCGCCUGUAAGACGGCAGCUGUUGGUGUCAAAAAUCACUGUGAGGCGGCUUAUAUUUUGUUGAAUUGUUUGCGUGGUAAAAUAACAAAAUUUGUAUUUCCUUAAAG